AUGGCCUGCUGCGCUACGAGCUUCUGUGGGUUUCCCAGCUGCUCCACCAGUGGCAACUGUGGCUCUAGUUGCUGCCAGCCCAGCUGCUCCCAGUCCAGCUGCUGCCAACCCAGCUGCUACCAGCCAAGCUGCUGCCAGCCAAGUUGCUGCCAGCCAAGCUGCUGUGGAACCAGCUGUGGUAUGGGAGGCGGCCUCAGCUGUGGCCAGGAGGGAGGCUCUGGAGCCAUGAGCUGCAGAGUCCGGUGGUGCCGCCCAGACUGCCGUGUGGAGGGCACCUGCCUGCCUCCCUGCUGCGUGGUGAGCUGCACGCCCCCCACCUGCUGCCAGCUGCACCAUGCCCAGGCCUCCUGCUGCCGCCCAUCCUACUGUGGACAGUCCUGCUGCCGCCCCGCCUGCUGCUGCCACUGCUGCCCACCCACCUGCUGCCAGCCCUCCUGUUAA